AUGGAGUGGUUAGGUUCUAGUCUAUUGAAAAAAUUGUGGAGACCUAGUGUUAAUGUCGUAAGAACAAGAUACCACGCUGAUAAAAGUAGACUUGUACGGAGAUAUGGUUACGAGGAAAAACUUUGGUGCGGAGGCCUCCUACCAAGAACGCUUGGAAAACGCUUGCCAAUGCCAGAGUACAGGCCAGCAAAUGCAUGGACUGAACGUAAAUCAUUAUUUGGACAAAACGAUUACAUUGACAUUUUAGGUCCUGGUCAUCUUCAUCCGGUUAAAACACUUUAUUCUGUACCCGCUUGGAUACGAGGAGUUAGUGGUCAUGAAUAUCACAUACUUCUUAGAAAGAAAAAGAUGUUUGCUAAGACUGGUUCACCAAAAAUAAGACCAACCAAAUGGAAGGAAUUAGAAAAGAGACUAUCAUUUUUGUAUAGAAAACUUAAUAGAAAAACCAAAACAGGUCCAUCUCCUGAU